AUGCUACCUUCUCCUCUAUUCACGCCCUCGCUACUUAGUCUGAGGCUGGACGUUUGUGACGUGUGGCACAACCUCGACGAGCUAGUCGACACCUUCUCGGCUCUUCCACUUCUGACCACGUUUCAAUGGGACAUGUCGCCAAGUACGCUAUCCUAUACCAACUCCCCCGUGCGACUGGAAAAAUCAAACUUCCUCGUAUCAUCACGGCAACCUAUCGCUCUUCCCCACAUGGGUACCCUUGAGCUCGUGUGCCCCGCUGCCUGCGCCGCGGCUUUGAUGCACUUCCUUGUCAUACCUCCAUCCUGUCAGGUUCGCCUUACGGAUGCAUCUACCCUAUCGGAUGUAGCUAUUGGAGAUCUUCUGCCACGAGAGGAAGUCCGGGCGUCUCUGACGGCAUCGGUGGGAGACCACAUAUCCCGCACAUUCCCCGCACACACACACACCGGAUACCAUUACGUCUCCAUCUCAACAGAUGAAGACUCGAUCCCAGGGCCUGGGGCUCUACUGAUUGAGGGUCAUCGAAUGGUGGACCGUCCAGAGGACCGCAACACGUAUCCACGUUGCGACAUAGCACUCUUCGUCCCGGGUGAGGAUGAGAACCCCGCUGUGUACAGCGACACCCUCGCGCCUAUCCUUGACGGCAUUUUCCAAUGGCCAUUCAUGAACGUCACGACAUUCCGCCUCGAAAUCGAUCACAUAGGUUUUUCUAGCCCGGCGUCGUGGACCACCGUACUCCGUAGCAUGUCUAAGCUUCGCCACGUCUUUCUCAGCCGUGGUUAUCCCGACGCGUCCGAUGCGAUUUCCGGCUUGGGCCAGGCACUUGGCGACCAUCUUGACCUUGCCCCGAACCUCACGCAUAUCGAGCUUCACAUGUUAUCUUUCACUCCUCUACGUCAAGAGUGCUUGGCUGAGGCUCUCGGGCGGCGUUAUAUGUCGGGGCGUCCACCCGUCAUUCUUUAUGUCGACGAGUGCGAUGAUAUGGGCCCGGAUGGCGGGCUGGAGGACAUACUACGCGUUCACGCCGAUGGGGCCGUCCAUCUCGAGCUGUCACAGAGGACGCACGGUCGAGGACCACGAGAGAUUACGUUUAGCGAUAGCUCCUGA